AUGGCCUCCGACGAGAUUAUCUGGCAGAUCAUCAACCAGCAGUUCUGCUCCUUCAAGCUAAAAACCGAAAAGAAGCAAAACUUCUGCCGCAACGAGCACAACGUCACUGGCCUCUGCAAUCGCCAGUCAUGCCCGCUCGCAAACUCGCGCUACGCCACGGUGCGCCAGCACCCGACCAAGCAGACCCUGUACCUCUACAUGAAGACGAUUGAGCGUGCGCACCUGCCGUCCAAGAUGUGGGAGCGCAUCAAGCUGUCCAACAACUACAACAAGGCCCUCGAGCAGAUCGACCAGCGCCUCAUCUACUGGCCCAAGUUUCUCAUUCACAAGUGCAAGCAGCGUCUCACCCGCUUGACACAGGUGCAGAUCCGCAUGCGACGCAUCGCCGCCGAGGAGGAGCGCCUGGGUGAGAAGCUCGUGCCCAAGCUGGCACCCAAGGUCAAGCACCGUGAACAAGCCCGAGAGCGCAAGGCCGAGGCGGCUGCCAAGCUGGAACGCACCAUUGAGCGCGAGCUGGUUGAGCGUCUGCGACAGGGUGCUUACGGUGAUCAGCCUCUCAACGUCAGCGAGGACAUUUGGAAGAAGGUUCUCAACGCCAUGGAGCGUGAUGGUGAGGGUCAGCGUGAUAAGGACUUGGACAAGGGUCUCACCGAGAAUGGUGAGGAGGUUGAGUGGAGCAGCGAAGAGGAGGAGGAGGACAACCUCGAGAACCAGGUCGAGUACGUGUCGGAUCUCGAUGAGAGUGAAGAGGAGCUCGCCGACCUCGAGGACUGGCUCGGCAGCGACGACGAUGACGAGGAGGAUGAUGAUGAUGAUGACGACGACAGCGAAGAGUCCGAGACAGAAAAGGCCGGCAACAAGCGAAAGCGCGGACGGGCCAUCAAGAUGAAGAACAAGCGGCCCAAGCAGGAGGAGAAGGAGAAGCUCACCCUUACCAACGAGCUGGCGUGGUGA